CUUGCCGGGAAAGAGGCCGGGAGCAAGCGGUGAUAAGCGUAAGCGAAUGGGGUACAAACACCGCAGACCAUUUUCGUCUGAUUUUCGUCAUCCGCCAUAAUCCUGAUGAUGACUCCUCUCAUUAUUGGUCUCCCUCCUUGCUCAGGAGCGCCAUAAACCAUCCAGGGAUAUCUCACCGAUGCCCAAACUCGUGUCCACAGUCGUCGAUUAUCUCUCUCACCGCCAGCUCUCCCGAUAUUCGUCGCGCGUCGGUUUCCUAAGCUCGUCGGAGGCCACAUCCCGUCAGUCGACACUCCCGACACGAGCCAACUCCCAAGAUGGCGACGCAGUGGAACUACAUCCAGUCUCCGAGAGUGGAGAGGUGGAACCUCAAGUGCCCGACCAGGACCCCGAGCUGCGGCUUCCGCCUUUGACGUCGGUGGGGAUCAUGCUGGGCUCGAAUGCGUUGAUGCAGUUCGCGUUCUUCGUCACUGUCUCUUCCGCGGCGCUCUACGCUGAGCAUCUGGGAGGGUCUGCGUUGUUCUCUGGUUUGACAAUCGGUAUCCCCACGGUGUUUUCUGGCCUUGCUCUGAUACCACUAACUCGAUACGAUGAGGGUCGAUACACCCGCCCGCUCAUGGCCAUUUACCUGUCCCUCUUCAUCGGCAGCAUCUUUCACGCGCUUGCGUACAAGGCCAACUUCCUCUACCUGAUUCUCAUUGGCCGCAUCGUCUCUGGAUUCGGAUUCACAGGCUUUAUGUAUUCCAAGCGAUACUGCUCGGAUCCCCGCAUAAUUGGUGUUCGUCGACGGACAACACUUGCGAGCUACCUCGUUCUGGGACAAGCUUUCGGUUUCAGCGCCGGUCCCUUCAUCGGCGGCCUGCUUUACAAAGUGGGCUUCCCCAACGACGUUUUCAAUGGUCCUGGCUGGGUCACCGCCUUUGUGACGCUUCUGUUCGCCACAGUCGCCUUGUGCCUGUUUCAAGACGUCGGUAAGCCACAGCAAUCUGGGGCGGAGAACGGUGCUGCCGCCGAUCCACCUCGAUCCGAUGGAUCCUUGAAGGACUUGACCCGCGAGCAGUGGGGUGUCAUUGCCUCGAUGUGCUGGACAGCGAUGACAUGCUUCUUCGUGCUCGGCUCGUGGGAGUCCAAUAUCCCGAUCUUCACUGCCGUCAGCCUCGGCUACAGCCCCUACGCUGCAGGGAACUUCAUCGCACUGGGUGGAGUCGCGACCUUGCCGUUCCUCCUGCUCAACAUCCGGUUCGCGCCGCGAUACCAAGAUCGCUCGACGCUGGCUUUGGGCUCCGUCAUCGGGACCUCCGGGCUCCUCCUUGCCCUCAUCCUCCUCGCCACGGACAGGGUCGUCUUUGCCUCGCUCUUCAUCUGCUGGUUCCUCGUCGCGCUCGGAUUCAAUAUCGCGAGCACCUGCACUGUCAGUCUGCUGUCGAAGCAGCUUCCGAAUGCGUACAACGGCCGGACGAGCCUUGCAGUCCAGUACAGCAAUUACACUGGUCGGGUUACUGGUGCGAUUCUGGGUGGUGCAGGGGUGCAGAUGGGAAUGAAAAGUUAUGUCGGGGUGCAGCUUGCUGUCGUCGGAAUCGGCGCUGUUCUGCAUGCACUGAAUUGGCAGAAGCUGAAGGCGAAGACGGGCUAAAUCUUUUGUAGAAGUAGGAUUAGUGACUUUGCAUGUCUCAUUUAUAUUCCCGACUGCGCAUUUAUCCAGCUAGUCGGACUAGAUAUCAAGAACUCGCUGUUUGUCCAAGUUUGGACUAAGAUUCCGACGCACCACCUAUCGCACCUCAGCUGGAGACCACCAUCUCGCAACCAUCUCAUGGACGUCCCAGCACUCGCCUCCGAUCCUGUUCAACCGCUGGUCGACUGCACCUAUUCCCGCGGGAUGACGAACGUUGUCGACGGUGUGGUCAGAUUCCUUGCACACUCAAAGAACCUUUGGCGGGUCGAUCUGAACUCGACUUUGCCAAUCACGCUGGAGCAUGAAUGUCGUCCUGGUGACAUGUGGACUCGACUGACCUGCCUUAGUAUGAAUAUGGCCAUCACCUUCAUCACCUGUGCAGCCCUGCUUCGCAGCAGCCCAGUCUUGAAGUCAGUCUGUUUCGGAGACGUGUAUGCAUUCAGUCCGGUGGUCUGGAGCGGCCGGGUUGCAACGCCUACGACGCAUGGACUGCAGCUGCUGAUCCUGCAGUUCCACCCAGAGGCCGAGAUCGACGAAUUCUUCUCGCAGUUCUCCUUUCCCAAUCUUCAUUCCCUCGAAAUCGAAGCCAUCUACUGCUCCCGACGAAAUCGAUCGCCGACGGUGUCAUGCCGCGCCGCUCUGACCUGGCUGCACGACAACACUCCUGGGCUACCACUCGCCAAGCUGAUCUUACAUAGCAUCAUGAUUGACCUCGACGAUCUGAAGCGUGUGGCCACACGUUUUUCCAACAGCCUGACAUCGCUGAGCCUGAAUCGUGGUUGUAAACCGACUUUGAUCGAAGAGCUGACGACGCACGACGAUCCGGUACACCAGAUCUCGCUGCCCCUGCUGCGCCACUUGUUCUUCCGGUACAUGUUGUUGGAGCGCGCCGAGGGUUAUGCUCUCCUCCAAGUGCUCGAGAACCUCGGUCCUCCUUCCCAUCCGGCUUUGCCCAGUCUUGUAGAUUUCGAGUGCGAGCU